AUGACCUUUUUUAUUAAUAUGGAAAAUAAAAGCUUCUGUAUAAAAAGUAUUAAGAGACCUACAAUCGAUCCAGAAGUAUAUUGUAAAGAAAAUUUCGAUUUUUCCGAAGCACUCGAGUCCGUUUAUCCUCUGCUGGACCUCAUAUUCGAAUAUCUAGAUUGCAACAGCUUGAGAAAUUGUUGCAAAGUAAAAAAAUCAUGGAAGGAUGUGGCCGAGAACAUUCUGUCCAAAAGGGUGCAAUUGAGUUGGUUCACUUGUUUCAAAGGAGGCGUUAACAACAAAUCUAACAUAUUCGAACACAGUGUUAAUCUCAAUUUCAAUAAUGUUGACCUGGGUAUUAUUUUAUACGACUUUAGAAGGAUAAAACUAAACAAAUACAUUUGUGUUCAUACCGAUGUUGCCGAGCUGAAACGAAGAACCGUUCCAGAAUAUUUCACGGACGAACUGAUUCCACACAACACAGAUUACUGCGUUAUAUCAUGCGCCAAAGUGACAUCAUUGUUCGAUACAAACACCAAAAAUUUGUACCAUGCUUCGUAUUUCGAUGGUUUGUUUUUCCCGAAAAUUCCGAAGAUCCGAACGACCAUGUUUCACUGCAACACAUUCGAUAGCAGCAACAUUCAAAGCACUGUCGAAACUUAUAUCAAAUCCAACGAGGAAAUUAAGUGUUUGUUGAUGUUUUCUACAACCGAUCAGAAGAAGUCCUUGUACAAUUUGUUGAAGAAAUUGAUUCCGGAGAAUGAGGCGUCGUCGGUGGCUGUUGGAGGUGGAAUCAUUCGAGGAACGAAAACAUUCAGGCAGAUUAAUUCGACCAAGCGGGUAUUUUCAAACAACGACAUUUUUUCUAUAGUUUUCUUGAAGGAGAAAGACGUCGAAGCGGAUUUCAAUGCGUUUUCUUACAUUAUCUACGGAGACGAUUUGUCGAAAAACGAGUUUGCGGACGAAAUUUGUAAGUUUAAGGAAAGUAUCUUUUUGAGGAUGCACAGCGUAGUUAUAAGGAUUUGCUGUUCGGCUAAAGUCGCCGCCGAUGAAGAACCCACGAUUUUUAAUAAAAUUUUCCCCGAUAUUCCGAUUUUCGGUUUUCAUGCUGACGGUGAGAUAGGCUGGAAUUGCGUUUUAAAGGCAAAAGAAUUUAAUGACAGCAAAUCGAAGAAAGCGAAGCAUCAUUACCCAAAUGUCCGCCAUCAGUGGUCUACGGUGUUUGUACUUAUCACAUGGGGCACGGUAUUGUCUUAA